ACAGGACUGGAAGGUUUUAGCUAAUCUUUAACCGACACAAUGCCCAGAAAGAAGGAGAGAAAAAGCGGCGAAAACAAGGAAAAACUCAACUCAGCAAGUAUCACAACUAAAGCUGGUUUCGACGAAAAAGAAAAGAGAUUAUAUUUGAUUCAAAUCGGAUAUUUGAACGAGGAGCUAGAAAGGUUUCAGAUAAAAUGUGGUGAACUUCAGAAGCAGAACAACAUCCUAAUCUCCCAGUGCGUGGACAAGGACAUCACAGCGUACAUGAAGCACUCCCUUUCAGAGAAGGAAGGGGAGCUGGCCGAGCUGCAGGAGCGGCUGGAGGGAGAGCGUCACACCUCCGUCCAGGAAAAGCGUUCCCUGCAGCUGGAGCAAGGCCAGCUGAGGCGGGAGCUGCAGGCCCGAAUCGAUAAGCUGGAGGAAAAAAACACGGCGCUCGCGGGGAAACUGUGUGAUCUGGAAGAGUUUCAGAGGCAGAAGGACGGGUUGGCGACCAACAUGCAGAAUCUGGAGAAGCAGCUCGAACGUCAGAAAGAAGAACACAAAGAUGAGAUCCGCAACCUGGAAAUGAAGGCGCAGCUGGAGAAGAGGAGGUUAGAAGAGGAGUUGGAGAGAGAAGUGGCGGCCAUGUCAGCGCAAGUCCAGCAUCUGGUGGAGCAGAAGCUCCCGGAGGCGACCCGGUCCGUUCUGCAGGAGAACUCGGAGCUGCAGAGCCUCCUGGGCCGGCUGUCGGCGGUGAGCCGCUCCCUGCAGCGGGAAAACGCGGCGCUGAGGGAGAGGAAGAAGCAGCUCAGCAUCGACACGGACAUCCUGGAGGAGACGCUGCGCCGCGCGGCGCGGGCCGGCUGCAUGCGUCAGAAGGACGUGCAGCAGCUCACAGGAGAGCUGCAGCGGCUGCAGCAGGACGACAGGGAGAAGCGGCAGCAGCUGGAGCGGAUUCAGGCGGAGCAGGCUCGAGUCCUGGCUGACAUGGAGGCACUCAGACUGGACCGGGCCGCUCUGUCUGCAGAGUGGAGCCGGAGCCAAUCAGAGAGGAAUCAGCUUCAGGUGAAGCUGGCGGAGGAGAGGAAGAGGAGGAGCAUGAUGAAGAGCAUCCUGCAGGAGGCGGCCUACGCUCUCCGACAGGCCCUGAAGGAGGCUCCAGCAGAGCAGCAGGAGGUGGACGGCGCCCCCCAGUGGAGGCAGCUGCUGCAGAACCUGCAGGAGGUUCUGGACAGACAAGCGGGAAGCUGUUCCUCUGCAGAGAGGCUGAGCGGGUCCCAGGCAUCGCCACGAGCAGAAAAUCGGAGUUUCCAGUCCCAGCCGUCCCGUCACAGAACCCACGAAUCCUGCGUGGUUUCCCAACCCGGACCGAAACCCAGAGGCGCCAUCUGCAGGUCGGGAGCUGCAUCGUGCAGCAGCCUCCUUCCUUUGCACAGGAAGCCCACGAUUCAGAAGAGCUCCAGCUCUGUGAACUUUUCUCAUUCAUCCAAACAGUCCAACGGCCAAAACUUUCUUCAAAUAAAUCCGAAAAACACAAGAAAAGAUUUAAGCAUAACAGAAAAAUAUAUUUAAACAGAAAACGUUCCCUCUGCUGAGAUUCAGACCUACAUCUGUAGGAUUUAUUUAGUAAAAAUAUUCCUGCACAAAGUGA